UGGGCUAUAAAGGUAGCUGUCUUGUGCAUUGGGGUAUCACAGAACUUGAGCCUAUCCCAGCGAGAGGAAAAGCAGAAAGAGCUGAACAAGAACCCCGACUGAAAUAAAGAGGACAGGCAGGACCCAUCGCAAGAAGGGAAGAUGAAACUCCAACUGGUCGCCAUAAUCUUCAUUCUUCUCAGUGCUGCCACAAAAAACCUCUGUGCCUUCAAAAUGCAGACAGAAGCUGAGAAAGACCUUGCCCGCUUGGAAACACAAAAAUCAGAGAUUUUGGCAGAGACCUCUGGCUUGCAGACACUGCUCCGGAGAUCCAAGCGCUUCAACAGCCACUUCCCCAUCUGUACCUACUGCUGCAAUUGCUGUAAGAACAAGGGGUGCGGCUAUUGCUGUAGGACAUGAAGCGAGCGGAGACCUCACCCGGACGAUGGCAGUGUUAUGGGGCUGCUGCCCCCCUCUCCGAACGCCACACUCACUCAUGACUCCUCCCUCUGGCCUCCUACCUGCUCCCUGCUCCCCCUGCCUCAUUCUCCUCUUAUUUAUUAGUUGAGCACUUUUUGAUUUGUAUUUUUUUCUCUUUUGUUACUGGGAAUUAAAACAUGUUUACCUCGUGGAA